AUGAGUCGAGAGUUUACCGCUUUGCAGGUCAUGCGACAGAUGUUGUCAAACGCAUUCUCUGAUGAUGCCAAUCCCGAUGAAGAAGCAGAGGGUGUGUCUGAGGAGGAGGAUUAUGAGGCAAGUAACCGACCGAACAGGGAAGAGGAAGGAAAAGAAGAUGAAAUGAUAAUAUCAGAAGACAGAGAGGAGCAAACGGAAAGAGAGGUAGAAGAGGACGGAGAGCAUAAAGAAGAAGAAGAAGAAGGAGAAGAAGAAGAUGAAGGAGAAGAAUGGGUAACAGAAGACAGAGAGGAGCAAAUGGAAAGAGAGGUAGAAGACGAAGGAGAGCAUAAAGAAGGAGAAGAAGAUGAAGAAGAAAAUGAGGAAGAAGAUGAAGGAGAAGAAGGGGUAACAGAAGAAAGAGAGGAGCAAAUGGAAAGAGAGGGGGGAGAAGAAGAAGAAGAAGAAGAAGAAGGAGAAAGGGUAAUAGCAGGCGAGCGAGAGGAGCAAGCUAAAGAAGAUACGGAUUUGUUUUUUCUCUCAAAACACGACAAAAUCAUAUGGUCCUCCGUAGCGUACGAUAAACAAGAGCGGGGUAGAAAAGACAGGAGCGGUGAGGCUACGCCGCCGCCGUCCCCGCACAUGCCGUCGUCGCCGUUACCGCCGUCGACCGGCCCACCCGGACCGACUGAAUAUUCUCUCGUCCACGCCCGCGACAUCGCCUCCGCUUUUUUCAUGUUCGUCACCCCGUCGAUAGAACGCAUCAUCUUGGAGAUGACUAAUUUGGAGGGAAGACGGAAAAUCGGAGACGGCUGGAAACGCAUGGAUGCCGUCGACCUUCGCGCCUACAUGGGGCUGCUGCUUUUAGCCGGCGUCUACAGGUCCCGAGGCGAGGCGACCGCCAGCUUGUGGGACCUGUGA